AGAAAACAGUAGCGCCAGAAGAAGCUGUACGGUUACCUUGUGUUACCUGUGUCAGUUACUACUGCCUUGUCAUGCCUGGUGGUCUCAGUCUAUUCACCCGCACCGCCGCAGAUUACGCUCUUUUGUAGUAAUUUUUUUAUGGUUCAGUGCAACGUUUGUUGAAUGACUCGAAAGUUCGUGAGAAAGAGAGGAUUACGGAUAGACUGAAGUUUUAUUAAAGAUACGCACCUUGAAUCUGUCAUAUUAGAGAAGAAAUAAUUUAAACAGAGGUCCGUAAGUGCUGUUUUGAAAGCAUUUCUGUGUAUUACGAAGGUGAAGUCAAACAAAUAAAAUUAUCGCAAUAUAGUGUUUUCAAGACACUGCUGGAAGAACAAGCAGGACUCUACGUAACUUUAUCAAGCUGAAGUGCGGGUGCGUUGGCGACUCUCGAUCGAAGAUGGUUCUGGACACAAAGUUUAGAAUGCGUUCUCCCGACCGUGAGAGUCAGAACGGACAGGCCAGGCUGGCCGUCAUCGGCAGUAAGGCAGUCGGAAAAACAGCUCUCACUGUGCGAUACUUGACCAAGAGAUUCAUCGGAGAAUAUCAGUCCGACACAGAUAUGAUGUACAAAGCAACGAUGGCGGUGGACGGUUCCAAGAUAAUGCUGGAGAUACUUGACUUGUCGUCAAAUCUGGACGAGGUGGUCGUGCCUCGCGAGACGGUGACGUGGGCGGAAGCGUGGCUGGUGGUGUACUCGAUCACGUCGUGGGAAACGUUCCGAGUGGCGGUGCGGGCGGUGGAGGCGGUGGCGGCGGCGUGCGGCGGCGAUCAGCCCAAUCCACCGGUGCUCAUCAUGGCCAACAAGAAGGACCUGGAACACAUCAGACAGGUUCCAGAGAGCGAAGGGAGGAAGCUGGCAGAGCAAUAUGGUUGUCGUUUCGUCGAAGUUUCAGCGGCUGAGAUGGUCUCUCAGGUCAACGACUCGAUCGACGGCCUCUUGCGCCAAGUGUCUCAACUGAAGGGCCAGACGUCCCCAAGGCUCCGUAAACUCAGCGUUUCGAAGAUGUUUAAUCAGCUAAUGAACCGCACGAGCUCGGGAGGGAGUCACCAAGAGCACCGUGCGGUCAUGCCCCGAGUCUCGAUCAGAGACCGAGCUCGGAAGAGAGGUCACAUCCGCCAGAGUUGAAGGGGAGGGGAGGCGGCGGAGAGCCGGAUUGGAGGAGAUAUGGAAAGUGGACAAGAUGUUGUGGUGGCGAAAGUCGCACUGCUGGAUCAGCGGCAGGCGGUGAAGUGGUUUGUGGUGUCAGUGACCUGCCAUUUGAUUUGCUUCUAUGGCUGCCUUGACCUAACGAUGACUUGGCGAACGAGAGGGGAAAAGUUACACUGAACAGCAGGUUCAAGUGUUAAACAUUUCUGAAAUGGCUGGCACUGACAUUUCUGUUUCUUUUUUAAGCGGAAAAUGUUCCAAGAAAAUAAAUAAGCGUAUACUUCAGUACAUUGGUUCUGAAAAGCGAGAUCGCUCAAAAUCGAGAUUGUGGUCUUAAUGUACCUGUUUUACUGAUUUAUUCGUAUGCAGAAAAACUGAGUCAAGUUUCUGCUAUGGCAAAUGCUUAUAUCAGCCGCCGGUGAUGAAGUAUUUAGAUUAUAGUUUUGUUUCAAACGGCUCAUAUCUCACGGCUGAUGAUACUCGGUCUUUUCUUAUGAAUCUGAUAUAUGAAACGGAAGCAAAGUAAUCGAACUGGUUUAUCUAAAAUGUGUAACAGUAAGUGUUCUAUUAUUUGUUUUUAGAGAGAAGGCUGGGCCUCCAUUGUUUAGCUCCUGGGAUAUCAAAGUGCCAGAGCACGAAUGGCCACACAAAUACUUUGUGCAUCCGUACAUAUAAACAGAGAAGUAGCUUGUUUUGCGUAUGAUUUGCGAAUCAACGUUUUCAGCUUAACUCGCGAAAUUGGCAUAGAUUUAUGACUGUCCAUUAAGUGAAAUGGAGUUCGCUUGUUAAACUACUUUUUGACGACUCUCGACUAAUGAGAAACCCCAUGAAGUCCAUCUCCUACGACUGUACUGCAUAUGAUAUUUAUGUCCAUUUGGUUAUAUACAUUUUAUCUACUUAUGUAAUACAUAUAUGUGUAUGUGUGUGUGAGAGAGAGAGAGAGAGAGAGAGAGAGAGAGAGAGAGAGAGAGAGAG